GUGGUGCACCUUCGCCAAUGGAUCGAAUUCGCGCCACAAAGUUUGCUGUGGAAUGUGUAUCAUUCUUAGAAAAACAUGCCAAAUCUUCUGGACUUUCUGAUAACCCAAGGGUUUAUACAAAGGACAAAAAGUCUGCUGCUGUUAUUGUAAUUAAUGGUGCACAAGUCGUUUGUACGCCUGUAACUGAUUUGCUAUCAGAUACCAAGUUUGAGUUUCGUAAAGGAUACGCGGAUAAUGAACCAAUAGAGGAAGAGAUGAAUAUUCGCAAUGAUUUUAUUAAUUUAAGAACUAUAACAUAUCGGCUAACGUAUCAUCCGGUUCAUCUUUGUGGUUAUCAACGUGAGGCAGAUUGGGUUCUGCAAGUGUCUGUAGAGAGACAUUCCAGAAGAAGAGAAGACACUCCGAAUGGAACUCUUGCAAAUGAAGAAGAAAGCAUAAUUGACGGUAAUGGUGUUUAUUCAAAAUGU